CCUGCCCGGGGCCCUGGCAUUGAGAAAUUCCAAAUUCGUUUCGAUCUCUCUGAUUCUGAAGAAUUUAUCCCAAUGCCACAAGGAGGAACGCAGCCAUGACGACCACCUCGCACAUGAUCCCCUACUUUUUGGGCCUGAAAGGGCCCACCGGUUUCAGCUCGCGGUCCACCGCAGAGGAGACGUCCGCUGGAGUGGACCUCACUGGACGGGUGGCAAUUGUGACGGGUGCCUCCAGCGGCCUUGGGAUUGAGACCGCCCGUGUGCUCGCACUGCGGGGGGCGGAGGUGGUCAUUGGCGUGCGGAGAGUGAAUGCGGGGGAGGAGACAAAGGAAGUCAUUCUGAAGAGCAUUCCAAAUGCAAAAAUCCACGUCCUGGAGCUGGACCUGGGCUCGCUCGCCUCGGUCCGCGAGUUCGUCAAGAACUUCAAGGAGCUUAAGCUGCCGCUUAACAUCCUCAUCAAUAAUGCGGGUGUGAUGGCGUGCCCCUUUGGCAGGACCAAGGACGGCCACGAGCUGCAGUUUGGGACUAACCACCUGGCCCACUUUCUGCUGACGGAGCUGCUGCUGCCGCUGAUCAAGCAGACCGCCAAGGACACCGGCAUCCAGGGCCGCAUCGUCAUCCUGGCGUCAUCCGGGCACGACCUCACCUAUCCGGGGGGUAUUCGGUUCGACAAGCUCGACAGCGAGGAGGGAUACGAUCCGUAUCGUGCGUACGGCCAGUCCAAGCUCGCAAACCUGCUGCACGCAAAGGAGCUGGCGAGGCGCCUCAAGGAAGAGAACGCGAACGUGAUCGUGAACGCGCUUCACCCGGGGGUCAUCCAGACGGGCCUCGCGCGGCACAUGCCCAAGAUCGCCGUGUUCUUCAUCAAGACUUUCGGCGGGCUGGCCCUCAAGAGCAUCCCCCAGGGAGCGGCGACGAGCUUGUUUCUGGCAACGAACCCCAAAGUCACGGUCUCAGGCGAGUACUGGGCCGACAGCAACAUCGCCGCGCGGAGCGAUCUGGCGCGCGACGACGGACUCGCCAAGCGGCUCUACGAAGUCAGCCUCGAUAUGACCAAACCCUAGACCCUAACCUUAACCCUUAACCAAAAAUGCCAAACCCUGAGCCAUAAACCUUGAGCCCUGCUUUCGAGUCCCCAGCCCCACUUGAUCCCCACAGCCCUGAAGCUUGACAGUUGACCCUUUUCUUGAACCGUACAACUCAAACCCUGCACUCAUAGAUCAUAGGGGACUUUAAAAGGUUGACCCCCUACACCUCAAACCCCGUUUCCCAAACCUUAGGUUCUAGCUGAGUACUGGGAUUUGGAAGCUGACGGCACUCCUUCGGUUUGACGCCCGCUGCUUGCGUGGAGCAAUUAAUGUGGUCCAACAGAUGAUAGUUUAGUGCAUGCCUGAUUGAUGGGCAAUUUUGUGCGGAGUGUAAAGUAUACGCGCUUGGGGAAGAAGCCGUUAGUAUAUUUGGAUAAAAGAUAGUUGUGAGGAGGAUUGCUUGAUCACUAGAGCCUUUUAUUGUAUAGUGUGUUUGCUGGUUCGCCGUCUUGCGCUACUCAAUUGCUGACAGAUAUGGUGUACUUUUGCUUGUUCAAACUAAACAUAUCUAUUUCUCCUCUUAUUUGAGGAGUGUUAGAGCCGUGCUUACAAGAAUUGGGACUCCUUCACUGCAC